UCCACGUUCAUCUCCUCAUCGUACCUCGGGCUUUAUCCUACCUUCAAGUCAUCUCCAUCUGCUCCUGGCUACCCGCAAGCCAUUCUCUCCUCGUCCUUUCCCCAAAACCAUUGCCACGGCCAACACCAAUCCCAAGACAUUCCACCAUGCAGCUCAAGACCUACCUCCUCAUCGCCGCAACGACCAUGUCAGCCGCAGUCGAAGCCCGAGCCCUGAACGUCCGAACGCAAUGCAUCAUUCCCUCAACUCUACCCACUGGUGGGGGCGCCGCAAAGGAUGUCUGCGUCGGGGCCGGGGGCCGCUUCACAACAGCUCGGCCAAAUCUACUGCUGCAUCGAAGUUCACGACUAUGUGGACUUCUACAAGGAGGCUUGCCUCGAGGAGGGGGGAAAUCCGCAGUACGCUUCUCAAGGCCCGGACUGCUAUUAGGAUUGGUUGCGGGAAAUUGUUUGGGGUCCUGUGCUGGUACCAGAGAUGGCGGGUGGGAGUGAGGAGAGGUCAUUGGGCUGUCCGUGGGUUCGUCGCAGUGUUCCGUAGCGCGUCCAUGCAUUCAAGACGGACAAGAGUUUGCUUGUGAACGGGUGGAAGGCUUGGUCGUGAUUUGGAUCUUCAAACGACGCUCUGUGGCUUCGACUUCUCAAUUCAAAAUUGCUUCCAAGU